AGUUAUUGGCCACCAAAAGCCAAACACAACACAUCUUACCAUGGUAGCUCCAAAUUAACACAACCUUCUAUGUUUCAAAGAAGGUUACUUUAUUGGGAAGUUAAAAAAAAAAAUUCAAUUUGUGAUUUCCAAAAAAAAACCACAACAUUAAUUCUCGUCACCCGAGAAAGUAUGAAAGAACUCAUACCUGAUAUUAAUUUGUUAAUCAAAUCUAAAAUUGUAAAUGAUACUAAUGAAAUUGCACGAUUACUCAAGAAAUUGGCCAAAAGCUUUGCAAAUAAAGAUUUAGUAAUGAUUCAGAAAUUUAUAGCAUUAAAAGAUUUUUUAUUAAAAAAGAUAUUGCGAUCCAAUAAUGAUCCAACAGAUUUUUUCUCUCGUAUUGAUGACUUUUACAAGUCACUUAGAAAUAUUCAAUGUAAUCAAACCAAGAGUAUCAUAUUUCAAGCCCAAGAGGCAAGAAUAAUUUCGAAAAGGUUAUUAUAA